ACUCACACAAAAAGAUUUUUUAAAAAGCAACAUCUGUAAUAAAAUCGAGUAUAAGGAGAAGAAAAAAACGACGAUGAGAAUAUAAGGAACCCCAUCAAAACGGCAAAACAGAUCAAAAUAAAAAUAAAAAUAAAAAUAAAAACCCUAGUUUUUCAAAACAAAUGAUAUUGAUGAUGAUGACGAUGAUGACAUGAGCGUACCAUGGCUAGGGAACACGAAACCAGCGCGCAACCUUGGGGGACGUUAGAGGAGCUCCUCCUAGCCUGUGCCGUCAACCGCCACGGCACUAAGAGCUGGGACUCCAUCGCCUUGGAACUCCAGAACCGGAGAACCUCUUCUUCCUUCACUCCUCAACUCUGUAAGGACAAGUUUUUUGAUCUUAAACGACGCUUCAUUUCCCCCAACGAUGCCGCUUCUUCUUCAAGUUUGGUUGACCAGCUGCGGAGGAUUCGUGUUGAAGAGCUUCGUCGGGAGGUUCAACGACGUGACGUUUCGAUCGUGUCGCUGGAGUUGAAGGUCAAGAGAUUGGUGGAGGAAAGAGAUAGGAGUUUGAAAGAGGAGGCAGAUCUGGAUGACCGACAGAAUAAGCCUGCGCCGGAUAUAAUCGCCGGUGAACCCGCCGCCGGCGAUGAUUCCGGUGAUCUUGAUGACCGAUCCUUCAACGAGUCCAACUCCACCAGUCAAAAACCUGAGGAGGCCACGACGACGACGGUUAUCGUUAAAGACGAACAAAACGAUGUCGAGGCAGUAGAGGAAGUAGGAGGAGAGAAAAAGGCACAAGUUAAAACAGAGUCGGUCGGGCCGGGUACUGGAAAUGAGCCUGAUCCGGUUCGAACCGGGAAAGGGCCGGGCAGUGAACGAGUAAAUGGCGAAGAACGUGAUAAUAAGAAGCAGACGAGUGACGUGCAAAGUUCCGCGAGUUUGUCGAAGAAGAAACGGCGUCGUUUUACUAGUGGGGAUGGAAGUAGCAGCGCUGAGGAGCGCGAAGGAGAUGAGGUUUCUCCCGCCAUGAAGAGAGCCUCGGCGGUGAAGCCUGAAUCCUUGGUUAGGCUUCUCGGCAUCAUCCGCUCUCAUCGGCUCGGCUCGGCUUUUGGCCGCUGUCAACGGAGCCAGGAAUCUGAAAGGUACAAAAUACUGGUCAGGCAACACAUGGAUCUGGAAAGAAUUGAAUCCAGGCUUGACGAAGGUGUCUACUCAGAUUGCAGCGCAAAGUUUUUCAGGGAUCUCCUCCUUUUAUUCAAUAAUAUUAUAAUUUUUCACCGCAAAACCUCUCCAGAACACAUUGCUGCUCAAGAACUCCGGGCUUUGGUCUUGAAGGAAAUAAGCGAUGAGCUUCGGAAACAACCUCCUCAACCUGCGAAUUUGAAGCCGGGACUUGAUCAGCCACCCGAAUCUCUUCCGAAACCCAACAAAUCUUCUACUAUAGUUGCAUGCAAUAAACGCAGUUCUAUCAAGGCAUUAACCCAGAAUGCUAGCAGGAGAGGAGAUAAAAAGGAAAGAAAGGUUGAAGAGAAGCCAAAGGCAACUGAGAAGAAGGUUAAUACUAGUUAUUUUAGUGGAAUAGAUGACAACGGCAUAAGGAAGAAAAGAAGUAAAGAAAGAGCGGUUUCAGGCCGUAGAAACUCAUUAAGAACAAGCAGCAAGAGUGGGGAGACAAAACACGAGUAUGGUGGUAAUGAGCUUAGCUCUCAUGAUGCUCUGGAGCUCAAGGUGGAUAAGAAAGAAAACAUGGCGAGAAAGAAAGAAAGCGCGGCAAGUUUCUUGAAAAGAAUGAAGCAAAAUUCACCGAGUGAAGCGACAGACGAUGAGGACGGCGAUGAUGAUUCGGAAGGUGGGAGCAAAGAUGGUAAAGAGGAAAAGGGGAGGGGUAGGAAGAGAGAUGUGAAGAGGGUUACACGGAGUUCGGGAGGAAGAGGGGCGAGAGAAGAGAGUGGGAGGGUGAAGAGAGGGGUUGGAAGGCCACCAAAAAGGGCUGCUGCGGCGGAGUCAACGGCCAAGAGAGGGAGAGACAACGCUGAGAAUGAGGUGGGAGUGGGGGGUGGUGGGAGGGCUAGGAAACGGUCUAGAAGGUGAUGGCGAUUAUGUUGUAGAAUGUGUAGUAUAGUAGUGAUUGCGUUUUCUUUUCAAUUGGUUAUUUGCUUUCUAAGUCUCUAGACUCUAGGGUUUUUACUUAACUAGAGGGAGAGGGAGAGGGAGAGGGAGGAAUUAAAAGAGUAAACAAAAUGUUGUGGCCACUAGGGUAUACGCAACAUGUGCAGAUGAGAUGAAUGAUAGGGUUUUUAAUCUCUGUUUGUUUCCUUUGAUUUUUCACUAACUCAACUCCUCUUAGAAUUAGACAAAGACAAAA